AUGAAGUCCAUUAAAAUCAUAGCCUUUCUUUUGCUCAUAGUUGCUGGCACAGCUUCGGCCCAGCCUAGGAACAACACCAAAUGCCCUUUUCAAUUCUUGUACCACUUUGGCGACGCAAUAUCCGAUACCGGAAACUCCAUUAGGGUUCUCCCGUCCGGGCCUCUCCUCCCACCCACACGUAGCCCUUAUGGUGUCACUUUUCCCGGAAGCCCCACCGGCCGUUGGUCUGAUGGACGUGUCGAUGUUGACUACGUGGCUGAUGCUGUUGGUCUGCCCAACAUUGUACCAUACUUGUCGAUGAAUGAUUCUAGAAGCUACGAUGGAAUCAUAUUUUCUGUAGCGGGAAGCACAACUCUUAAUGCCUCAUUUUUUGAAUCAAGGGGCAUUUCUGUUCCACCAUAUAAUAUUCCUCUCGACACUCAAUUAAAUUGGUUUAGAUCAUAUCUCCAAUCAAAUUGCACUAAUCAAACAGAGUGUGCAAAGAGGCAACCCUCAAAUUCAGCUGUAUUAUUCGAAUUCUCCGAACUAAACGACAUCGGCUAUGCAUUAGUCCAAGGCAAAUCCAUCCAAGAAGUAACAAACUACGUCCCACUUCUAGUUGAGGCCCAAAUCAACGCUGCAAGAGAGGUGAUCAAAUUGGGUGCGACGCGGGUAGUAUACACCACAGCCGCCCCUCUAGGAUGCUAUCCCUACAUCCUAACGGCGUUAACUACCAAUGACACGUCAGCAUACGACGGACUAGGAUGUUUGAGGGCGGUGAACAACAUCGCCGUCAAGUUCAACAGUAAUCUCACGGCGUCUUUCCUCGCUCUGAAAGCAGAAUUUCCAAGUGUCAACAUUUUGCCUGCCGAUUACUACGCAACUGUGAGGUUCGAGGCGUAGAAACCCUGCGUUGAGGACUUGUUGCGGAGUCGGGGGAAGAUAUAACUAUGAUAGCAACAGGUUUUGUGGGAGCCCUAAUGUGACUGCUUGCUCAAACCCUAAUAACUCCAUAUAUUGGGAUGGUUUGCACUUUACGCAACAAGUGUAUAAUAGGGUUAUAGGCAUA